UCCGUUUCUCUCUUUUUUUUUUUUUUUUUUUUUNCAUCUCUCUGAGAGAUUCUUUCUCACAAUUUUGCAACUUGUUGUCUUGUUGGAUCCUCCAAAUCCCUCCUUUAUCUCCCUUUCUUUCUCUCUCUCUCUCUCUCUCUCUCUCUCGCUCGAUCCUAAUCCCGUAAUCCGCUUUUAGAUUAGAUACUGCAUCAUCAUCAGCUCACGAUUUCGAGAAUCGAUUCCACCAUUUUUUUGUAAAAUCUUCAAACCUUUCUUAGGGUUUCUCACUCCUUCUUUGUUCUUUUUCUUUCCCAACAACAUCAUCUCUCAUGGCGAUGAGAGGUGUCGAUUUCAAGUGGUAUGAUGGGUUCUUCUUGUCGAUGCUUGCCACUAGUGUAAUCAUUGUAGCUGUCAAUUGGAAUAGAUAUCGUUCUUGCGAAUACCCUCUGCAUAUAUGGAUUCAGGUCGAUUACACCACUGUGUUUCUCUUCCGUGUCUUCAUGUUUGUUGACAAUGGUCUUGCUGCUGGACUUGGAUUGGAUUUUGGAAGUCAACAGCGGAACGCCAUGUUUUGUGGAAGAGUGGUUGUCCUGUCUGUCCUAUCUCUGAUGCUGUAUCCAUUUUUGUGGGCUUGGACUGUAAUCGGUACACUAUGGUUUACAAAGGCGAAAAGAUGUUUACCUGAAGAAGGCCAAAAAUGGGGUUUUCUCAUCUGGCUGAUGUUUAGUUACUGUGGCCUCCUCUGCAUUGCUUGCAUCUGUGUUGGAAAGUGGUUGACAAGAAGACAGGUACACUUACUACGUGCUCAGCAGGGAAUUCCGAUUUCAGAGUUCGGGAUUUUAGUUGACAUGAUUAGGGUACCUGACUGGGCAUUUGAAGCUGCAGGCCAAGAGAUGAGAGGCAUAAGUCAAGAUGCUGCUACAUACCAUCCUGGACUUUACUUGACUCCAGCUCAGACAGAAGCUGUUGAAGCACUCAUUCAAGAACUUCCAAAGUUCAGAUUAAAAGCUGUCCCAGAUGACUGCGGUGAAUGCUUAAUCUGCUUAGAGGAGUUCCAUAUUGGCCAUGAGGUUAGAGGUUUACCAUGCGCCCAUAAUUUCCAUGUGGAGUGCAUAGACCAGUGGCUGCGUUUAAACGUGAAAUGUCCCCGGUGCCGGUGCUCGGUUUUCCCAGACCUAGAUCUCAGCGCAUUAUCCAACCUCCAGAGCUCAGGAGCAGAACAACCCUCACAAGUGAACACAGAAACAACAGAAGCUCGGUACAUAAGAAGCCAACUUCAAAGCGAGAGCUACUUUUUGAGACUUCAAUCCCUAAUCCACCCAGUCCACACAGACACCGCUCUGGAGACUGCAGAGAACGGUGGGGUUCCACCCGUCCCGACUGAUAUAUCUCCAUCUCGGAGAUGAGAGAAAGAAAUGAGCCUGUGAAAAGUUCUACCCAAAACACUAACUCUUGACUGAUUUGCCCUACCCAUUCCUUAAAAUGUAAAUAAAUCGGGGGUUUACAUUUGGUAAGAGGGGUUCAUGUCCAAACUCUGUAAUGAUAGGCAUUGUUCAGAUACCUUAUACUUGGUUAUGGUUCAGGUGAAGACCAAAUUUUCAAUGUUAUAAACCCUAAAGCCAGAGAGAACCAGAACCACUGAAAUUGCCAAAGCCUAAGUGAAGUACUUAGACCAACUUUUUUCUGCACUAACGACUUUCGUGACGAUUGGGUUUUUGAGA